AUGCAGUACGUUCAGCUUACAAUCAAGCUCAUCACCAAGGCCUUUGAGACAUUUUCCUCAAAGAAGGGAGAGGAGUUUAACAAGAAAGAUGCAAAUAAGAUCUUUAAGGCGCUUGAUGAGGAUGAGGAAGUAGAGAGAUACUACUUUUGUGGAGCAAAGUGCACCAAGUCCAAGCGCAAAUGCAUGAAGGAAGUUGAUGAUGAAGGCAUGCAUUGUUAUGUUCACAAUCCUGCGCGCAAGUGUCAAGGCACAACCAUUAAGGGUGCUAAUUGUGGUAGUGUAGCCAAACUUGGUCAAACAUACUAUGGACGUCAUCAAGAUCAAGAUAGAGGUCACAUAAAACGUAGUAACAACAAGGCACCUGUCGACAAGCGUACCGAGCGUUCCAAGGUGUCAAGGAAGACACAUACGCCUGAGUUUGUGCCUUCAGAUGCUGAUGUGUCUUCCGAGGAUGAAGAACCAAAGAAGCGAAAGAAAAACAAGCAGGAGUCAUCGGAUGAAGAGCCGUCCGAUGAUGAUGAAGAAGAUAUAAUUGCCGUCUCCUUUCCGUUGAGUCCAAAGCGGCCCCUUCAUGUGCAGAGGAUAUAA